CGUGGUCGACUUGGAAUUUACAUUCACUUUGACCCAGUUUUAUGCAUAAGCCUAGUUUUGGUUUUACCUUGAGUUCAUUCAACCUGGCAACUAUCUGUAGGUGAGAAGUGUACUAAAAGUGCAAGAUAGUUAAUGUUCGCUUACUAGUACUGAGAGAAAUGGCCACACACAAAAAAGCAUUCAUAAGCAAGAGAGUGUUGUUGGAUGGAGAAAUCAAACCUGCAUGCAUUGAGGUACAGAAUGGCCAGGUGUGUCGAGUGCUGACAGACGGAUUUAACGUGACAGAUUACAACCAGGUUCAGGAUGUUGGAAAUCUGCUGAUUAUGCCUGGGGUGGUGGAUGCCCACGUUCACGUGAAUGAGCCGGGGAGGACAAGCUGGGAGGGGUAUACCACAGCCACUAGGGCAGCCGCCGCAGGAGGAAUAACUACCAUUGUGGAUAUGCCACUGAAUUCCAUUCCCUCAACAACAACUUUAGAUGCCUUUAGAACUAAACUUGAUGCUGCCAAAAAUCAGUGCUUUGUUGAUGUAGCCUUUUGGGGAGGGAUUGUCCCGGGAAAUGCGGAAGAGCUGAAACCAAUGUUAAAUGCAGGAGUUGUUGGUUUUAAGUGUUUCUUGAUUCAUAGUGGUGUGGACGAUUUUCCCCACGUAGAGCAAGCUGACUUAGAAACUGCUCUCAAGACACUCCAAGGAACAGAUGCCACUGUAUUGUUUCAUGCAGAGAUGGACUGUGCCUGCAAUGGAUCAAAAGGUAAUCCGGAGGAGUACCGGACUUUCCUGGAGUCCAGACCAGCAGUGAUGGAGGAGAAGGCUAUAGACCUGGUGUGUGAGAUGUGCCUCAAAUACAAAGUGAAAUGUCACAUAGUACAUCUUUCUGCGGCCUCAGCUUUGCCAAGCAUUGUGGCUGCCAAGGAGAAGGGGGCCCCCCUUACUGUGGAGACCUGCCAUCAUUACCUAUCCCUCAAUGCAGAGACUGUCCCCAAUGGUAAUACCCUGUACAAAUGCUGCCCGCCUAUCAGGGAAAAGAAAAACCAGGACCUGCUGUGGGACGGUCUUAAGAAGGGUUACAUAGAUAUGGUGGUCUCUGACCACUCCCCCUGUACGCCUGACCUCAAACUUCUGGACAAGGGCGACUUCAUGGCUGCCUGGGGAGGAGUAGCCUCGGUUCAGUUUGGGCUGUCUCUCUUUUGGACCAAUUGUCGAAACUAUGGGAUGAAUUUAUUUGAUAUGGUGAAGUUGAUGUGCGAGAACACUGCGAAAUUGGCUAGCCUGAGUCACAGAAAAGGUGCCAUUAGGGCGGGAUAUGAUGCAGACUUUGUCAUCUGGGAUCCUGAUGUUCCUUUUGAGGUGACAGAAGACAGAAUAUAUUACAAGAACAAGGUGUCCCCAUACAUGGGCAGAACGCUUCAGGGACGAGUAUACCAAACCGUUGUCCGGGGCAACACAGUGUAUGCAGAUGAGGCAGGCUUGACUAGUUCUCCUCAGGGUGGAUUCCAACUAAAGAACCAGCAAGACGAAAAGUCUAAAUUGUAGAGACCUAGCUGACAUUCCAGUAUUUUACUUUUUGCCUCUUUCAGCUUUAUCCAAUGAUCUGUGAUAAAAGGUUUUAAAAUUACAUAUGUUAAUAGAGUAUACCUGUGAUAAACAGACAGUUUAUUAAUCAUUCCAAAUGUAUGUUACUGGUUAAAUUUCAAAAGUAAAUUGGUUACAUGGUAGUGGGACAUGUUGUAGAUUGAAUGCUAGUUGUUUUCUCAUGUUAAGUAUACUGUAAAUGGAUAUAUACUGUAGAAGCACAUAUUUUCGUUGGGUCAAAUUUCUUUGAUUUUAGACCAAAUAAGAUUUCGUUGGCAUUUAAUUUUGUCAUAUCCUGAUCUCUUUGUAUUCAUUAAUACUUGGAUUAAAAAAUUUGUCAUAGAUUUAAUUUCUUUGAUUUAUACUGCCAACGAAAAUAACGAAAUUAUAUCCUCAACGAAUAUUUCUGCUUCUACAGUACCUAAAUGAUUAUUUAUGUAUACAGACUACAUAUUAACAGUACAUUCCUUUCUUGGCCCAGAUCUGUUUUUAUAUUAAUUUAUGCAAUCAGGUAAUUAAUUGGUUAAUUGUGACAUUUAAUUUCAUGUAUGUACACAUUGAUAUCAAUAUACAUAUAUGUUAUGAAUUGUUAUACUGGUAUA